CAGCGACAAAAGUCAAAACAAAAUAAUAUGAACAACGAAUCCGGCGAACGCUCUUUAUGGAUUUAAUUUCAAGCUGUUCUGUAAAACAAUUAGUUGCCAUGAAAGCAAUAAUACAGCGAGUAACUGCAGCAAAGGUGACUGUGGGAGAAGAGCUGAUUAGUUCGAUAGGUAAUGGUUUAUGUGUUCUGGUGGGAAUCUCCAACGAAGAUAAUGCAAAUGAUGUAGAGUGGCUUGCCAAAAAGCUUCUCAACAUCCGCCUAUUCGAGGACCCCGCCGGCAAACGAUGGUCCCAGAGUGUGUUGGACCAACAGCUGGAGAUUUUAUGCGUUAGCCAGUUCACUCUGUACCAUCGGAUGAAGGGUAACAAGCCAGAUUUCAGCAGAGCGAUGCAGGGACCAGACGCGCAGAGAUUGUACACUUCUCUGUUGCAAAGGCUGACCUCCCUCUAUAGGGCAGACCGCAUCCGGGACGGCAAAUUCGGUGCUAUGAUGCAGGUUCACAUCCAAAACGAUGGUCCCGUGACGAUCGAGAUCGAGUCUCCACCUCAAAGCCAGCAGGAACUGGACAAAUUGAAGCGAGCCAACGAGCAUAAGGCGAAAAGUAUGAAAACAAAAGAGUUUGAGAAGGAGUGUGAUAAUAAGAUAAAUAAAGUGUUUUAAGUGUUAUCAUUAUCGUUCAA